AUGGCUGCAGCUUCUACAGCUACCAUGUCUGCACCAGCAGCGAACCCACUGGUGGAUUCGAAGUCUGAAUCCUCCGUUGCGGUUGAUAACCGUAAUGUGUUGCAUACUGUCGAUGGAAGAACUGGAUUGUACUACGCAAUCCCAAUCAGCAAGAACGCCAUCAACGCCGCCGAAUUCAGGAAAAUCAAGUCGACCAAAGACCAAAAGCAUCCUGCUUACCAGAAUGAGCAAGGUCUGCGUCUCUAUGACCCGGGUUUCUCCAAUACUACGGUCAGUGAGAGCAAGAUAACCUACAUAGACGGUAUUGAAGGAACUAUCCAAUACCGGGGAUAUUCCAUUCACGACAUAUUUGGGAAGAAAAACUGGAUUGAUGUUUCUCAUCUUCUCAUCUGGGGCACUUGGCCAUCUGCUGAAGAAGCCAAAAACUAUCAAGACAGACUGAACAGCGUUCCAGUCCUGGAUCAGCACGUCUUGAAUGUUAUCCACUCCUUUCCGAAAGAUGGCUCCAUCACUGGCAUGCUAAUCGCAGGGCUCUCGGCUCUACAAUCUUCUAAGUUGGACGCCGUUCCAGCCCACGUUGGCGAGAACCUGUACUUAGGACACCCAGAACGAGUGGACGAACAAAUCAUUCGCCUACUUCAGAGCUUUGCCAUGAUCGCGGCCGCGUCCUACUGUCACUCCACCGAGAGGUCCUUCACGCCACCGCGAAAGGACUUUUCCUAUGUCGAGAACUUUCUGCUCAUGACAGGCCAUGUGGACGCUGCGACCGGUCUACCCAAUCCGCGUCAUGUCAAGGCUCUUGAGCGUUUAUGGGUGGUCGUGGCUGACCACGAAAUGACCUGUUCCACUGCUGCGUUGCUGCACACGGCCUCGUCCCUUCCCGACUUGAUAGCAUGCUUCAUCUCAGCAAUCAGCGCCUCAACAGGUCCGCUACACGGAGGCGCCAUCGCUGUAGCCUAUAAACACUUCAAGGCCAUCGGCUCCGUGGCUAACGUGCCGGCCAAAAUCGAGCGUGUCAAGGCUAGGAAAGAACUGCUCUACGGCUACGGCCAUCGUGUCUACCGCACGACAGACCCGCGGUUUACCUACAUAACCGAGGUCCUCAACGGACUCGAUGAGGAGGUUUCUCGGGAUCCGUUGCUGCAGGUUGCGCUCGCGCUGGAUAAGGCGGCUUCCGAGGACGAGUACUUCACGUCAAGGAAGUUGUUCCCCAACGCAGAUCUCUUUGCUGCUUUUGCCUAUCAGGCGCUGUAUAUUAUACUGACCACGGUGGGCGCUCCUAAGUGGCUUCCCUCCGGAUUUCGUCCUUACAAUUUCCACCUUGUCUCGAUUGCAAGGCCUGGCAGCUCACUGGAAAGAAGCUAUGGAUCAAUCAUAGAGGGCAAACCCAAGAUUUGGCGUCCAGGCCAGAUCUACACCGGUGACUUGGGCAAAGCCAUGGAUUAG